AAAUGCGACUAGCAAUAAGAAUACAUUCUUGUUUAGAGUGUUUCUAUCUGUCUAUCAUCCUUGGAUGUGUUGGAUUGCAAGUAGGAUUCUUGAAAUAUUUUGAAACCAGGUUAGAAGACAAAGGUAAUAAGUGGGCUGAACUAUGGUUAAAAGCAAUCAUUUUAUUUACUGGAGAGUCUCUUUGUUAUGCUUUUUAUCAAUGGCAAAUCUACUCAAACCCAGCACUCCCCUCGACAGAAGAGUUAAGACAAAGCCUGUUGCCAUCAUCAUCUCAAAAUUCAGUGCAAAAAUCCUUCAUAUUCAAAGCUUUUUGUGAGUGAGUAAUAAUUUUCUCGACCCAUGUUUCUUCAUUGUUUAUAUAAGUCCGGAUAUUUCCAACAUCAUUGAGCUGCUAAUGCUCCUUGCUCUAGUCAUUUGUUGCUGGAGUUAUGAUGUUGAUGGGUUAAAGAAAGCAACGAUGUACGGCGCAAUUGGUCUGAUCUGAAUUGGCAUCCUUGGAUGGUCUAUUUAUGGCAUAUGAUAUGAAUGACUAGGCUGGAGAAAAAUUGUAAAAGAUUCGCUUUGGGCUGUAAUACCGAGUGGUACCUUGAUAUGGAAAUUUAUGGAUGAAGAGAAAACAGUGAGGAGUAAUAAUAUAUCCCAAACUAAGCUAGUUGGAUUACAAGGCAUAUAUGGCCUUAUUAUGACCUUCAUUUGCUUCAUUAUUGUCUCAAUUACUCAAUGGUGGUUGUAUGACUUCAACGUAAGCCAAGUACUGCAAAAAUAUCAUGCAGUGGGCAACCUUCAGCACUUAAAUCUCCUCAACAUCCUCCUUCUACUCUCCCUACCCCUCUUACUCCUCUCUAUUGGAUUAAACAACACAACAAGAGUCUCAAACCUAAAGUACCCCACCCUCUUUCCAAACCCAGCAUCACCACCCACGUGCUUUCCAAACUAAAAAUCCUAUUCACCCUCUCUUCUUUCCCUCUAUAUCUUUGUUGGAUCCAUAUUACAGGCGCAGCGAGCAUUUUCCUUGGAGUAGUUACGUUUAUUUAUGUGAAGAGGAAAGAUCAAAGAGCUUCAGUGUAGAUUUGGAGGUAUGGAAGUUUUUGAUUAAUAAAUUCUUCAAAAUCGACUGUUAUUG